AUGGAACGAUCUCUUUUAAAUGAUUCUGGCUGUCAUUCCUUGAUUCUUUCCGUUGGCAAGGCUAACGAUGAUGAUAAUUUGAGUGAAACAGCAUUUACGCCUUACAAGGUUGUGAAUUCUGAAAAAGCAGGUUUACCAAUCUGUUCCUCAGUUAUUCCUAUUUUUACACGUAAAAGGAAAAGUAACUCGUUUGAUAAUCUGUCAGCAGAGGUAAAGAGAUCAGCACUCCUCGUGGAAGAUGAUAAACCUCAUUAUUCUAGUCAGAAAUAUGUUAACUACGAAUAUAUGGUUUCAAAUAAUGAAUAUGAUUGUAAUAAUAAUAAUAAUAAUGUUAAUGAAGAAAACUCGGAAAAAAAUUUUUUUACCAAGGCCAGCACCUCGUCCGAUUCGGAUAUUCAUAGUCCCUUGUCAUUGUUGAACUCUCCUAAUGAGGACGGUGAAGAAGAUGUUUCGGAAUUCCUUGACUCAGAAUAUAUUCGUAUUGUUGAUGAAGAUGGAAAUUAUGUUUUCUAUAAGAAAGGAGAAUAUGAACAUUCCUGUGCAUGGACCAAAUGCGAAGUUAGCUUUCCAACUGCUGAAGGAUUAUAUGAUCACAUAAUUGAGACGCAUGUCGACUAUUUGAAAACUAUUGAAAUUGUUCCUGCCCAAGUCAUUUGCUAUUUCGAUGACUGCGAAAUGUACAUAGCCCGAGGGGAUCGUGAGCGUAAGUAUAUGUGGUUGGCCAAACAUAUACGUGAUCGUCAUUGUACUGAUGCCCGUACCUAUAAGUGUUUGAUGGAAAAUUGUCCUGAACGGUUUUCGUGCCCUACAAAACUGGAAGCACAUGUCCGGAAUGAACAUAUCCUAUCGGCUCAUUCAACCAAAAAUAGUCCGAAUGAGAAAGUGGAAAAGAAGAAAGACGCUCUCGCUGAGAAGAAAAGUUCUAAUAAAGAGGCAAAAGGCAAAAAAAUGGAAGGUUCUGGAGGAAAGAAGAAAGAAGAAGAUGUCAUUGAGGAUGACGACUUUUACAAUAAGGAUGAUCCAAACUCUUGCUUUGGAUUGAUGCCCAUUCAGCAGCAACGUCACCGUACAGAUGCCAACCGAUUUCUCUGGAUGCCUUCCCAUGAUAACAUCCUUCUUCGAAUGUACCGAGAUCUUCUCGCGAUGAAAUAUGAUUACUAUGUAGUACCUAACCAUCGCAUCGGGGUUGGAGCUACUCAUAGAAAGUCCCGAGCUGUCCAAAGAAUACGACUAUAUCCCAGUCGGCCUAUACAAUAUUCUUGCAACCUCAAGGAGGACUAUGACAAUUCAUUUGUCAGCAUCAAGACGAAAGCUGAUCGAGUAGCUGUAGUGCUUUGCAAGCCAGUGUCAGAUAGUAAGAAGAAGCGUUCUCUGAAUACCGAGGAAGCCGCACCUUUUUGCAAUCCAUUCUUAAGAAACAAGAAAAGGAGAAAUGUAGAUCUGGCUUUGAUCCGCAGAAGCUUACAUGAAACUCAACAUCUUCAAUCAAAGAAUGAAACAACUUUAGACGAUCUAUUUCCGGGUUGGAAUUACGAAGAAAAGAAAGAAGAUCUCUGGACUAAUCAUCCAAAUCGACUUCUUCUAGAUAAAUAUCAUCAGCGAUGUGCUAAUAGAAAUGAGUAUUUAAAAGCCGAAGAAGAAGUAUAUCUGAAGUCAUGUCGCUUAACUGAUUCUUCAGAGGAACUAGAAGAAGACAUGUUAGAAGAGUCUUCAUGCGAUUGGGAAGAGGAUAGCGAUAGUGAGAGUUCAAGUGAUGAGGAUGAAUGCAGCGAGGAGCUAUCAGAAAACGAAGACAGUGACGGAGAAGACUGCGAAAUGGAAGAUCACAAGAAAGAAAUCGAAGACUGCGUUUACUACGAAGAAUAUGCAGACGAGUUUGAUGAAGACGAUGAUAGUGAUGAUGAUGACGAUGAGGAUUAUAUUGGAGAUGACAUUGAAAUGGAAGAAAACUGA